AUGAACUUCCAGCCAGGCCAAUAUGACUUGAAUGCAACAAGGAUAGACGGAGUCGGAGACUGCCGUUGCCUUCAUCCGUCAAGUCGCGCAAAAGCCCCCGAGUACGAUGAGGAUCCCAAAAUGGAUACCUCACAAGCGACGGCUUUCUUUGACGGUAUAACGAUAUACUCCGUAAGGAAGAACGUCGGGAGGAAGGAACUGGUUAUUCUGGCCGUUCACGAUAAUGAACUUCAGCCAGGUCAAUAUGACUUGAAUGCAAACAAGGUGAAGCGUUGGCCCACUAGUUGGCCCAUAAACAUUGAAAAGCCAACCAUGCUUUACUCUUGCAUAUUAGUUAAUAUGCAAGUUGUUUGCAUGCAAGGUGAAAGCGUUGGCCCACAAACAACUUCCAUGUUUAUUAGUUAA